AUGUUGACCUUAGCCAGGAUUCUGAUGAUUUCAACUUUGUUUAGUUCGCUACUAUUUGGGAGCCAUGGGAAAGAAAAUCCAGACAUAAACACAACACAAAGCAUUAUAGAAGGUUUGAAACCAACGGGAAAUAAACCUACUUCUUUGGAGAGUGAAGCAAAUUUAAAUUCAAAUAAUGAAAAUAGAAACACCUCGAAUCCCAACACAAGUCAUUCCCCGCUUUUGGAUCUAUUGAACAAAGUCCAUGGAAUGACAGAUUUCUCUGGUAACUUGUCAACAGAGAACUCUUCCGGGAGUCCGAGACCCACAUCCACAUUAACCACAACCCCUCCCUUGAUUCAUAGCUUUGUUUCUAAAUUGCCUUGGAACACAUCUAUAGUGAAUAACAAUCCUUUGCUAGUCUCACCACAUCCCAAUGCUACACCUGCUGUAUCUUCAGAAAAGUUCACUUCGUCUUUGGCCAGUAAUACCAUGAAAACUCCUGACAACGGUUCCAGUACAGCUGGCAUCCUCCCUUCAGAAACAACUACCAAGUCUGUGACCCCCUUGAUAACAGAACAAACUGGAUGGCAUACCACAAACGGUGAUAGCUUCACUGGCUUUACCCCCUAUCAAGAAAAGACAACUGUACAACCCACCUUAAAAUUCACCAAUAAUUCGAAACUCUUCCCAAACACGUCAGAUCCCCAAAAAGUUCUGCGAUUAGACAAUGCACCAGAACCUUAUGAUGUGAGUUUUGGAAACUCUAGCUACUACAACCCAGCUGGGAAUGAUUCAUCCAUGCCAGAAGGCCGAGAAAAUGCACGUGAUAGCAUUCCAAUGGAUGACAUACCUCCACUUCGUACCUCAGUAUAA